CGAGUGUAAACAACGAAUGAGAAUUAUUUUGAGCCCAUGAAUAAUCCUUCGCCUCAUUUGGUUACUGUUGGGAAAGUACCAUUGAUUUUGCGACAGUGCUGUUGUUGUUGACCUGGUGCCAAGGACGUGAGACUACACAUGAAAAGCCGAAUUAAGGAUCCGAGAGAGAGAAAUAGAGCAAGGGCGUGAAGGAAGACCGAGGAAGUUUUCCAUUUUGGGAAAUCCAACCCUAACCCAGAUUUUGAUGUUUUGGUUCGUCCUUCGCGCAUGCCCGGGUAUUCGCUGAUGCGGUUUCUGGUGGUUUGAGAUACCAAAUCAACAAUAACAAAUAAAAGGAGUUUGGCUUGUUUCUUCUCAGCAGUUUGAUGUAAAAAUAAGACAAAAUGGACAACCAGAAUGGGUCAAAGCAGGUUCCAAGAAUUCGCAUCUUGAGUCUUGGAAAUCCAGGAGUAGGCAAAAGCUGUCUCAUCAAGAGAUACUGCGAGAAGCGGUUUGUCAAUAAAUACAUACCAACUGUGGGCAUUGACUAUGGUUCAACAACAGUGGAUGUUGAUGGACGCAAGAUAUCAGUUCAUUUCUUUGACACCUCUGGGAGCCCGCUGUUCGAAGAGGUGCGGACAGAAUUCUACAGAGACAUGCAGGGCAUCUUGCUCACUUAUGAUGUUACGGACAGAUCAUCGUUUAUUGCCCUAGACGCGUGGAUGGCGGAGCUCAGACACAAUUUGGGAGGUCCUGAUGACUGGAAUGUGGCAGUGGUAGUGUGUGGCACACGAACAGACACUGGAGGAACGGGUGGAAGACAAGUUUCAGAAGUGGAUGGCAAAAACUGGGCGGAGAAACACAGCUUUUCGCACGUGUUGACAUCAGCUGCUCUCGGCAAUGGAAUCACACAAGCUUUCCACACACUCUUCGUACAAGCACUGCAGCUGAAGGAAGGGGUCCGUAGGCCAGGAGUUGUCUCAGGUUCAAUUGACCCUGAAGUGGUGCAGGCCAUUCACCGUUUGACACACGCAAUCGAUGACUUUGACAAGAUGGGCAUCAGUCGGCGGGCAUUCUCUAGGGAUGAGGUGAACAAAUCGUACCGUCGCUUGGCAGCUCUCGUACAUCCUGACAAAUGCAAAGCACCCGGGGCAGAGGAAGCAUUCAAGGCUCUCACACAGGCAAGAGGCAACCUUCUGAGGAUCAUGCAAGAAACCACAGUCUGAAUUAGUAUUUAGUGACUAUUUAAGUUUAUUUUUUGUUUAUACGUAUUUUUGUUUAGUUUUCAAGAAGUGAGCUUCGUGUUUUUAUUUUUAUUUAUUUACAGAUUUAUUUAAGAUUUGAAUUAUUCAGUUUUUCCGCCUUUCCUUCUUUUUUAUUUUUUAUUUAUUUAUUUUUUUUCUCCCUUUUUAUUAUUUUAUUUUUGUUUUCGGGAUUAACUGAAUCAUUAUUUCUUUCUUUCUUUUCAUACUUUUCUUUCCUUUUUUAUUUUGGUUAUCUGAUUUUUCUUUUUUUUUCUCUCUUUUUUUUCUGUGUCUUCAGUUGUACUUGAUUGAAAUUAGUGUAGUUAUGCUGUGGAGUAAUGUUUGAAAUAUAUAAAGCAGCUGAUUUGAUGAUGGUGAUGAUGAUGAUGAUGUGUAUAUAUUUGGGCUUAAGGCAGGAGAAAUCAAAAUGCAAAAGUUGUCAAAAGGAAUAGAGUUUCUUCAACAGAAUUGGAAAGAAAAAAAAUGAGACAACGAGAAAAGUUUGCACUUUGGUUUUAUUGAAAGUGUAGAAUAUGCAUUUAGCAAAAGCUGAUUUUUUUAAAUGUUUGUUACAGUUUUUAAUUCUGUGUAGGCUUUUAAUGUUUAUGAUAUUAGAGGAAAUAAAGUAUAUUUGUACAAUUUUGUUACCAUAGAUAUGGAUAUUGUGAUGGAUAUAUACCAGGUAUUCAAUGUUUUGUUUGUUUUUCAGGAAAUCCUGUAUUAUUGUUGUUUAUAGAAAGUGAUUUUAAAAAGGGUGAAAUAUGAACAUAGGAUGUAAAUACAAACUUACAGUUAAGGUCAUGUAAUACCUGGAAAUUAUUUGAUAUAUGAUAAAACAUUAAGGAUGAAACUUGAAAAGCUGAACCUCUUGAAAAAUAUCUUUAUAGUUUUUUUUUUUUUUUUUUUUUUUGUUGUUUUUUUUUUUUACUUUCUUUCAUUCUUUCCUCUCUUUCUUUCUAUCUAUUUUUUUCUCAUUUUUCUUUUUUUUUACUUUUACUUUUACUUUGGCUUAAGGGGGAAAGGGUUUGGGUGAAAGAUCUUGGAUUUAUAUGAUAUGCUUUGCUUAUUCUUAUUAAAUUAUACUUUUUUAUGACCAUUUUAUAAACAACAGGUGAUUGAAAGUUGUAUCAGCAGACAAGAUUAGAGUGGAAUGUACUGAUUUAUGUAAUGCAAAUUUCAAUUUGUGCCAUAUGCAAUCGUGGUUUAGUAUUUCGUAUCUUUAAAAGGUUGUAGAUUUUGUGAAACCUCAUUUAAGUGUGUAUUGUUGUCAAAUACAAAUGUUAGUAGAAAACCUGUAAUACAUGAAAAGGAUUUAUUGAAAGAUGAAAAGGUAAUAGUCUCAUCAUUCAGUUAAAACUAUCACAUGUAUAGUGGGUUUUGCUACCAUUAUAUCAAUAUGGUAGAGUGUUCUGUCAUUCAGUUCAGAUGUUGUAUGUUCCAGAGAUAAGAAUAAAAAAGAAAAAAUAAUUUUCAUUUUGCUUCUGCUCUCAUUGCUUUUGGGAGUUUUCACAAUUAGGACUUUUUCACGAGUCAUUUUACUGUUUGGAAGAUGUAUGUGUGUAAUGUGAUAAUUUAUUUCUUUAUUAUUAUUAUUUUAUUAUAUUUUUCAUUUAUUAUUUUUUUUUUUUAUUAUUAUUAUCAGAACUGUAUUAUGUUUAGGUCAUAUUUAUAGCAACAUUUGAUUUGGUUAAAGCUUCAACACUCUUCAUAUUUUGUUUUAAAGGCUUAUGAAUGAGUCAUUAGUUCUCUCUCUUCAUAUUAUGUUACCAUUUUCAAGAAACUUUAAAUGAGGCCAUAUUUACAGAUAAUUAUUCAUUGAUAAAUUUAUACUUAUUGCAUGCUGUGACAAGGCGUUAUUGAUUGAUUUGAAUAAAUUUUUUGUUUCUUU